CGCGUGUGCGUCCGUGUACUCAAAUUACUUUGGUCGUGAAAGUAGGAGGAUCUGCUUCUGUCCAGCCUCGCUCUCUUACGUAUCUCCACGCGGACUACUCGACGUCGCGUUUUGCUCUAGUGGGCUUGUGACCUUUUGAGCAAACGUUCGAAAUGCUCGACGUGUUACUAUCGGGAGCGAUGCGGGCCGCGUGCAGGCGUGUCGGCAGCUCGCGCUCAACGACGCGUUCACGUUAGACCUUCCACCUUCAGGCGUUCGUUACUUUCACAUUUACGAGCAGGUCCCGGCUCCCGACAUGGAGACACCCAUAGCCCGCGCGGAGGGCUGUUUGCACCGGAACUUCUCGGCCCUGACGGUGGACGACGUGUACGAAAUAGCCAAACUGAUCGGCACCGACGUCGAGAGAAUUAUUGACGGCUGCGGCAAAGACUGCGCCGCGGGUCUGGUGCCGAAGAUAGUGAAAGUGCUGGAGCUGCUGGAGAACUUCGCCUCGAGGAACCACGCUCACAAAGCCAGGGAGGAAGAACUGCUGAAGACCUUCGAGACCAUGCAGCUGCAGCAGAAGAAACGCGCGGGGAAAGAAGGCGACGAGGCCAACGAUGCGAACGAAAUGCGGAGGACGGCGGUUUUACAGUCUGUCUCCCAUCAUCUGAAGCAGCAGCUGCAGCAGAAAGAGCAGCAGUGGAGACAGAGGUGUGAGCAGCUGGAGGCCCAAGUACAGCACCUCCAGGAGGAUCGAGAGGAGCUGCAGAGCAGACUUGAGGGCAGCCAUGCACAGGAAGACCGCGCCCAGAGGCAAGAGCGGGAGGUGAUGCUGAAGCUCAAGGAGGUGGUGGACAAGCAGAGAGAUGAGCUGAGGGCAAAAGGCCAGGAGAUAACCACCAUUUCCAAAGAGGCAGAGGCGCUCCAGGAGCAGUUGGAGCGCUUCAUGAAGAUGAACGCGGAGCUGCGACACAAGCAGAACGUGCUGCAGGCGCAGCUGAAGAGCACCGUGGAGAGGAAGGCCGACAUAGAGGCCGACCUGAAGGAGAAAACCAAAGAGAUAGAAAACCUCCAAACCCAGAUGGACAAAACCAACAGCAACAGCCCGUCCAGUUCGAGUCUGAUGGCGCGCGAGUCCAAGAAAAAGACAACAGUGGACCAGAAGGAUCCCGACAGGCCGUGCUUCACCAAAAAGGAGGUGCGCGACAUCAUUUUUGAGAGGAACGAGCUCAAAACCAACCUCUUCCUGGUGCAGGAGGAACUCAACUACUAUCAGAGGGAGAUCCUGAAUGAAGAGCGGUGCCCAGGUUUCCUGUUAGAAGCCGUCGGCUCUGCCAUCAAAAAAAGGAGAAAGCUCAUUAAAGCAAAGAUGCUCGGCAUCGGGGUCAACGACUACAGCAGCAGUGACGAGGAGGAGAGGGGUUCUCUCUUUGGGCCGACACGAGUAGAUGGCUCCGAAGUUGACGGCGCUGACAAACCGGCCGAGUCGCGCAUUCGUAAUCUCUUUGGCUUCCUGACCCGUUCUUCGGGCAACGGCCGGAGCUCCGCCCACACGAGCAACUCCGCCUCCAGCUGGGAGAUCCUCGGAGACUCAGAGACCGCUGAUGAGAAGGGAACCGCCGCCCCUGAGUACGCCACGCUGAGUUCACAUUGAGGGGGGGAGACCCCCCUUCCCCUCAGUCCAGACUUCUUCCUCAGCUUGUGACACAAAAUGUGGUUCAGGAAAGAAAAAAAACCUCACGUGAACAUUUGAACGAAGCCCCAGUGUGAAAGACACAAAAGCAGAGUGUGAGAAAAAGAAAGUGAAUGGAAGGGAACUAGCUUUUCUUUUUUCCAUUUCCCCUUUUCUUACUUUCUUGUCUUGCUGUUUGUACCCUUAUAUUUUGAUAUAAGUGGUCAUAAAUACGUAUAUAGUGUACUAGUAAUACAGCAUAAAUGGUACAUCACAGUACAAAAUACAUAACGUGAUACUUUUAAACCACAUAUAGAUUCCUCAAGUAUAAAUACAACGGUCUUUUUCAUCAUCAGGAAAGUGUAAUAAUAAGUUAUUGCACAUAUAUAUUUAUAUAGAUCUACAAACAUUUUUAACAAAAACCAAAGACACCAUGAAAUAUAUUAUGAAAUUCACCCCUCCAGUAAUAUAAGUUCACAAUCAAAAUUUCCUUUGAACUUUUUAAGCCAUCUGACUCGUGUAUUUUUCAUGAUUUGAAGCACUUUUAUGAUGAAGUUUCUGUCGUACCAGCCUAUUGCAGCUAGGAGAGCCUUAAUUAAGCACUUGUAUUGUUAUAAGAUAUGUUUUCUUAUGUUCUGUCAUUGCAGAGAUUCAAAGCCUUUGACUGGUGCGUGUGUGUUUGAUGCCGGUGCCAUAACUGCAUAUGUGUAUGCGUAUGUGUAUGUGUAUGUGUAUGCACAUGUAUUCUGUCUGUACGGCAUCAGCCUCUGCAGAUCCUUCACUGACCUCUGUUCCCUCCUAAAGGAACGUGUUAAGCAUUUUGGGGGAGCUAAUGGCAGAAAUGUAAUAUAAUAUUUAUAAGUAUAUUUUAUUUUGUGUAUAAUCUCUUCAAAAUAAGAAUACUUCAGUUUGUCUUACCUUAGUGGUGUCUGCAGCAGCCCAGAAUGGACAAAGCAAAUAGCGUCUAUGGAAAGGCUGUUCAUAUUAUCACAAGCUGAACCUUUACACGAGGCAAACACAGACCUGUGGGUUAUUUGUUUAGACAAUAAUGACCUUUGCAAUCAGGGGGGUGUUCUCCUAAGAUACUGGGUUCGCUUUUUAUUUGGGGAAUCAUGUUUUUACAGACAAAACAGAUUUUAGAUGCCAUAUGUUUGAAUUUUAUUGAUGAAAUGUGAUAAAACGCAUUGAAAAUGUGGAUUUAUUUCAAUGUUGAUAUUUGAAUAUUCAUUAAACACAGUAUUUUACAAAAA